AUGCUUCGCUCCGUCUUCUCCUCUGCCUUUGGGAUGCUUGGUGCCAUCUACUGCCUCUCGGUGUCGGGAAGUGGGCUCCGAAUUGGACCUAAAUGCUUAAUUAACAACAAGUGGGACUACCACUUCCGAGAAACCCAAGGCUCUUACUUACGCAAUGAUACUCUGUGGGAUUUAUGCGAGGCGCCACCUCACGUGGUUCCCUGGAACGUGACACUCUUCUCUCUGCUGGUGGUCGCCUCGAGUCUGGAAAUAGUGCUGUGUGGAAUACAGCUGGUGAAUGCGACCUUUGGCGUGCUGUGUGGCGAUUGCCGGAAAAAGGUGGGAACGGCGAAGUUCAGUGAGUUCGUGGACCACCCAUAA